AUGUAUACCGUUCGUUGCUCGAUAUGCCGCCAACAAAUGCCAACAUUAAAAUUAUUAAUUUCCCAUUACCUAACCAGCCAUUCAAAAUUAAAAAUUAUUAAGCAGGUUUUAAAAUACAGCAUUUUGCAAUCUACCCCAAGUUUAUUCAAACACAAAUACAAAAGUAAGAUGAGAAAAACUGAAACCUUGUAUUUAAAUGAAAAUAUUCAUAUACUGUGCAGUCAGAAUGAAAUAAUUAUAGGAGAUAAUAAAAGCAAUGUUGAUAUGGAAUUCUCGUUCGAUGAAAAUUCCAAUGAAAUUCUAGUAAUUCCCCAUCUGCGUCUUCAGAAGACAGCAUGGAAAACCUACAGGCACUAUCACAUUAAUAUAACAAAACUGAAAAAUCAACAAACCCUAGACGAAAAAAGCGGUGAGUUUUAUAUGUGCCAUUGUAGGGAAAACGUUGUAAUUUCCCCGAUGGAAACAAAGAUAUUUUGCCAAAAGUGUGGCAGCGGUUACAACACAGAAAACGAUUUAAUGAACCACAUGCAAGUGCACGAAACUUUCUGCCGGCUGUGCAACGAAUACUUUCCCAACGAAUAUGUCUUCAAGGAACAUAUGCGCUUACAUAUAUUUAAAGUUUACAUGUGCCAUGUAUGCGGCAGGGAAUUCCCGUUCAGGGAAUUGCUUCAGGUUCAUUUCGAGUGCCACGUCGAAGACAGGACUUUCGAGACUGUCCUGGACAUGGAGGAAGACUACAGGAUUCACAGGUACAGUUUCAUGAAUAUGAAUUAUAAUAGUAGCAUAAACAGUAUUCUGUGUUAUCUGAGCGAAAGCCACGACAUUUAUUACUACAGUUACAAGUUUAUGAAGGUUAUUUGCGAGUUUUGCUUCAAUGAGGUGUUUCUUUUCGAUUACGAGCAGCAUUUGCAAAAUGUACAUUACACUUUUUCCUUUUGA